GCGAGAGGGGCAGAGAGGAGAGUGUGUGUGUGCUCUUCAGACAGGGUGAGAAUGGAAAUGUGAUCGAAAAGGUAGAAGAAGUGAAGGAAAUACUAAGGAAUGAAGGUAAAGUCUCGGGUCUGUGCUCUCAGCUCUGGAAUCACACGCACGAAACAUUUUCGCGCAAACUUGGUGAGAGUUGUCCUUACCGGCGCGUUGACUGAGCUCGAGGUGGGAACAGGCGAGAAAAAAAAUCUCCGGGAUGGUGGACUCCCGCUUCCCUCGCGGCCUGGGAAUCACGCGCCAUUGAAGGGGGGUGAUAUCGUGCAUGCGCUUUGGCUCCUCUGCGUGCACGCUCGGGUCGGUCGAUGCGAGCACACUGGCGUGGCUUUCGGCCUCCAUUUGUGUUUAUGCUCGAGGGAUACACCGAGGCCCUUUUGACGGGCGACGACGACGACGUGCAACAGUUGAAGUUUUACCGGGAACGUUAUUGUUAUGUCGCCUCGGUAAACAUUUAAGCGUCGUUCAAAGGCAUCAAAUGAAGUGUGACAGCCACAUCCAUUGGUGAUGCAUGCCACAGACUCUCAACUCACAUCAAUGGAGGACCCCCACCCUAUACAGCAAGAGGAGGGGAGCUCCAGUGACAUUCCCUCCUCAGUUCCUCCUGCUCCUGAUGGCCCUUCUUCAACUCUUCUUGAUCCAACCACUAUGAGACCUAACGUACCUAGUGAGACAACGAUUGAGGAAAAAGCUGUCUCCAUGGCAAGUAAUGAUUGUAGCUCCGCUCUCUCCUCACCGGCUGAAGCCAGCCCAGCAAAGCCAGCUGCAGCAUCACCCACACAUUUUGAAGGGACUGUCAAUACAAGCCCAGGUACUUCCCAAAUUGCAUCAGCAUCAGACUCCCUGACAUGCACAGGAACAAGCCAUGAUGACAAAUCACAAUCCCCCCCAAUAAUGUUGUCUGCAUUGCCAUUUACCACAUUUGGCAGUACGGACCCUGAACAUGUCUUUCCUACUAUGCUCACAUUCAAAGGCAUCAGUGUCACUCUGGAAAAUUACAGCGUGUGGAAGCAGUUCAACAGCUGCGGAACUGAGAUGAUUCUCACUAAACAGGGGCGCCGCAUGUUCCCAUACUGCCGGUUUCGCCUGGCUGGCCUGGAUCCUGAUCAGCAGUACAGUCUGGUCCUCUCCAUAGCUCCAUCGGACCAGUACAGGUACCGCUGGAACUCAUCCAAAUGGGAGGUGUCUGGACCAGCAGAACACCAGUCCCAGACUAUGAUCCGGGCAUUUGCCCACCAUUACUCACCAAGUCUAGGUUCAGAGUGGAUGGGUAGCUUGGUGUCUUUCUACAAACUCAAGCUGACCAAUUGUUCCCAUGACCAGGACGGCCAUAUUAUCCUACACUCCAUGCAUCGCUACAUUCCGAGGCUCCAUGUGAUACCGUUACCAGAUGGGAACGUACCCUCACUUGACCAGCCUGUAUUUAUGGGACCAGAGAGCAUGACCUUUACAUUUCCACAAACCGAAUUCAUGGCUGUCACAACCUAUCAGAACUUCCGGAUCACCCAGUUGAAAAUUAAUCACAAUCCAUUUGCAAAAGGCUUUAGGGAAGAAGGAAACAACUCCCGCUUAAACCGGGUAACUAUAGAUGCUCAACAUGUAAGGAAGAUGAACAAUCAGCUGGUAAACACAGAUGCUCAACCCGUGGAAAAGAAGGACGCUCACCUGAUAAACACUGAUGCUGGACCCGUGGAAAAGAAGGACACUCACCUGAUAAACACUGAUGCUGGACCCGUGGAAAAGAAGGACACUCACCUGAUAAACACUGAUGCUGGACCCGUGGAAAAGACGGACACUAAUCUGGUUUCUGCUGUCGCUCACCCGGUCACUACAGAGGCUACAACUGUGGUACAGAUGGAGCCUCAGCUUAUCCGAACACCUGCUGCUGAGCUCAACAGACUUGAAGAGGUUGUCAAUCUGAGCUUAAAGGAUCCCAGCAUCUCUUCUCCUGUCUCAAAUGAGCAAAUGACCACCAGACUGGUCCUGAAACCCAUAAUGUCCUACCCAUCCAGGAAAGAUGACGCAUAUAUCCCCUGUAUAAGAGGCAAACAUUCCCUCGGUGAACUUGUGCUUUUUCAACAACGACGACUUGUGAUACCCGGGGAAGAAACCCUCGCUGUCGGUAUAUCCCCCAAGCUGCGUCAACUAAAGCCUAAAGCAAUAGCCAUGACACCCACUUCCUUGACACCCACUUCCUUACCACCUAGCCCGAGAUCUUCCAAUGGGUACCGCAAGAGGGGUAAAAGGAGGAACAAACGUUGGGCAAAUUCGCGGGGAAGAGAAUGGAAAGCUGUGGCUGCACCCCCCACGGUAUUGCUCAGCUCAUCAUUGACUGUCGCUAUGCAACCAGAGCUGGAUGAUGUGGAGGGCCUGCUGUUCGUGUCGUUUACCUCAAAGGAAGCUCUUGAGGUUCACAUCAGGGACAUGCUAGGCAAUAGCACAGCAUCAGCAUCUCCAGAUUCCCCAACGAUACCAAUGCUGUGGGAGGAAAAAGUGGAGGUGAUUCCAGAGACCAAUGAGGAGAAGAUAUCCCGCUCGGAGGCCAUCCUGCUGCAGGACCUCGCGGUCCUCAAACACAGACAGGUCAUCCAUCCGAUCCUGCAGGAGGUGGGUAUAAAAUUGAGCUCCUUAGACACGAUGAUGUCUAUCGACCUGCUGUAUCUGGGGGUCCGUCUGCCGCUCCCUCCCCCAAAGCUGAAAGGCAACGCCCCGGCUCUGUCUCAAGGUGAUGAGGGAUUAUCCUUCAUCUCACGGACAGGAAAGACAAGCGACAUGACAAAAAUAAAGGGAUGGAGAAACAAGUUCAUAAGAAGCAAAUACAAGUCCCCUCCUAAAUGUGACGGACCAAAGAAGAACCUAUCUGCGUUCUGCAGCAACAUGUUGGACGAGUACUUGGAGAGCGAGGCGCAGUACAUCAGCGAACGCGCUGCGGCCUUCACCACGAACUCGGAGGACGCAGUGGCCUAUCAGCUGCCCGUCAAAAGCUCCAGCUAUGUGAAGACCCUGGACAGCGUACUCAAGCAUCAACGACAUGCUUUCAAACUUCCCUUAGGGGCCAACAGACCCUGCCCUCUUUCCCACAAACCCCUUCUCUACUCCGCCCUGGCAGCACCUCCUCCUCCUCUGGCCAACGCUGCACCCCCUGUUCAAGCAGGAUCCCCGUCCAUACAGCCGUCCGCUUCUUCACACACGCCAGCAAGCCCAAGAUUCCCUACACAUAAGACGGGGGUCAGCCAGAAAGCAGCGGUGAGCUUCGUGCAGAGCCACGGGAUGCACAAACCCUUCUUCACUAAGUUCCAGCUCAAACUGUUCCACAUGGAGCUCAAUGCGCAGAACCAGGGAUUGAGCAGAACCCAGCUGACUCCAGAUAGGCUGUCGGUGGCUCUGUCUGUUAUCUUGUCCAAACAGAUGCAGUCCAAGCAGGUGGUGAAAGUGCACCAUAGUCCAAACAUCAAAAGUGUCAUACCCGUAUGCGGUAAGGAGUUCUGCACUCUGGGCUGUGUGUGUUCCAGCCUUGAGCGCCUCAACAGAGGUCCCUUCCACUGCCGGCGGCCUGAAUGCAUGUUUGGCUGCACAUGCUUCAAACGCAAGAUCACCAAGCACCUGGCAGAGGGGGAGUGCGAAGAACUCUUCCAACCGGUUUACUCUGUGACUAAUAUUGAACAUAUGGUCCAGCCUCGCCCGGGCUCCCACUCUAAGAGACUGUGGAACCACAACCCUCAUAGUGUGGAUCCAGAGCCAAUCCUCACCCCCAAAUGUGCUCCACCCUGGUUCGCCCCUGUGAAGGUCCUAAAACGUGGCCUUGUACCUCGGACAACUCAACCGAUACGAGAAGAGGAUAAGGACCCAGUGUAUAAAUACUUGGAGAGCAUGAUGACAUGUGCACGUGUAAGAGCGUUCAACUCCAAGCCUCCCCCUGUACUCUCCCUCGAGCCCAUGCACGUUGAUACUUCUACAGCAAACACUGCAGCAAAACCCCAGGAGAACACCAAGGAUGACCAGCUGACAAACGGCCUCAACAAUCUACCGACUGUAGAGAAAAAAGCGGAAAAGGCUUCUCAGAAGAUUGCAUCCAAUGAAAGCGGGGCAAAAAAGCAAAUCGAGGUCUCCUCGGCAUGUAAUUGGACCAAAGACCGUCAAAUGGUCCUGAAAGCUCUAUUUCGGCGCAUGAAUCAGAAUAGGCUUUCCCGACGCUUCUGGGUAGGAUCUUACCACAUCCGCCCCGUCGCCAAGAUCUUCAUCCGGAAGCCCAGCGGCUCCAUAUUCACUUAUAGGGUACACAUCAGUAAACCAUCAAAAGUCAGUGAUUAUGAGGAAGAUGAAUAUGCAGCCAGCGAGGAGGAUGAGCCUGACAAUGACAGCUUUGACGGGAGCGUUGAUGAAGAGGAAAACGAGGGCCAAAAUGAAGAGUCCGUAGCGCAGUAUGGAGUCACACCCUUUUUGAGCGGAGUGUUACCUGCAGGCAGAAUGAGAGCCAAGACCAAACCUGUUGGCUGCCAAGCAUAUGGACUCAUACAGGUAAAUGGAAAAUCCUACAACCAGGCAAGACUGUUACUGGGGAACAUGGGAUCUCUGCAUCCAGCCAACCGCCUCGCAGCAUUUGUCACAGGACGACUGCAUCCUCCCGGCGGCACUUCUCUAAAUAACUCCCAGAAGUCUGACCCGACAAACAAAACCAACACUCCUGGAGCUCUGCACAUAAAGGCUGCAGGCACAGUAGUCCCUCCAAUUAUCACUGCUAGGAAAACAACUGAUCUGAAGACAGCAGCACGACCUCCAGCUCAGCAAUUCCCUCCAGACUUCUGGAAAAAGGGAUUCAUCAACAUACCGCAGUAUUCACACAACAUCCCCUUUUCCACCCCUUUCUUCGCUGGAAGGCGCAGCUCCGUAAAACCCUUCCAGAACACCUCCACGUCGUCCUCUGUAUCUCUCACCGUCUCACCAUCACUGAAAACCCCGAGCUUCUUAGGACAGAGCGGGACCUAUUCAUUCAGGAUCUGCCCUCCAGAUAACCAGAGCGCCACAGGCCCCAACCUGCCAGGAGUCGAACUGCCCGGGGGCUUCACCCUCAUUCAACUCCCAAAGCCCACAGUAGAUGAGUUGCAUCAGAAUCUGAGAACACCUCAAACACGGCCGACGUGAAAA